ACUCCAAUUCCCAGCAUGCCCCGCGGUGUCACACCCCGGUUUUGGGGUGCGGACUCCAAUUCCCAGCAUGCCCCGCCGUUCCGGGCCCGCCCUUUCCGCCGGCGCGCGGGGCCGCGGGGCCGCACCAUGAGCUCAGACAGCAGCCGGCUGCUGGGCGCCCGGCGCCGGGGCUACGGCACGCUGCAGCCGGACACCGACCCGGCCCGCAUGGAGGUGACGGGUUACCGGCGCCGGCCGUGGCGGGUGCUGCUGUGCCGCGUGUGCUCCGUGCUCAGCGCGGGGCUGCUCCCGCUGCUCUUCCACUGGAGACCCAGCCUGGAGGUGCAGGCCAAGGGCACGGCCUGCGCCCUGCGCCAGGCGGAGUGGGUGAUCGUCAGGGACCGCUUUGGGCAGUGCUUCACGGCCGAGGUGCUGACGGAGCUGCUGGGCGAGGCCGGGCUGGAGCAGCUCCCCGGGGCGCAGCAGGACCGUGGCAGCAGCAGCAGCGGCGGUGGUGGUGGCGGCAGCGCGGCCGUGGCAGUGCCAGACGAGCAGGAGAGCCGUGACACCGUCCGGCUGCACGACAAGGACGAGAAGAACACCCUGAGGUAUUACCUGUUCCAGGGAAUGCGCUACGUGUGGCUGGAGCGGCGGCAGGCCUUCUGCAGAGUCAGCGUCCUGGACGAGGGCUGGACCUGCGCGGAGCUGCACCUGCACCGGGCCGGGCUGGAGCCGCAGGAGCGCAGCGCCAGGAGGAAGAUCUACGGCCCCAACCUCAUCGAGGUGCCCGUCAAGUCCUAUGCCAGGCUCCUGGUGGAGGAGGUGCUGAAUCCCUUCUACAUCUUCCAAGUGCUCAGCAUGGUGCUGUGGGUGUGCGAUGCCUAUUACUACUACGCCGCCUGCAUCUUCCUCAUCUCCACGCUCUCGCUGGGGCUGUCGCUGCACGAGACGCGCAAGCAAAGCACCACCCUGCGGAACAUGGCCAGGAUGUCCAUGGGGGUCCGUGUGCAGCGGCCCGGCGGAGAGGAGCUGGUGGUCAGCUCGGCAGAGCUGGUGCCCGGGGACUGCAUCCGGCUGCCGGCGGCCGGAGCGCUGCUGCCGUGUGACGCUGCACUGCUGACCGGGGAGUGCAUGGUCAACGAGAGCCUGCUGACCGGGGAGAGCGUGCCGGUGAUGAAGACGCCGCUGCCGGCGGGCGGGCAGGCGGCCGGAGCCGCGUACUGCCCCGAGGAGCACCGGCGGCACACGCUCUUCUGCGGGACGCAGGUCAUCCAGGCCAAGGCCUACGUGGGCGGGGAGGUGCUGGCCGUGGUCACCCGCACAGGGUUCUGCACAGCCAAGGGGGACCUCAUCAGCUCCAUCCUCUACCCCAAACCCGUGACCUUCAAGUUCUACAAGGAUGCCGUGAAGUUUGUGCUGUUCCUCGCCGUCCUGGCUCUCAUCGGCACCUUGUACAGCAUCCUCAUCCUGGUUAGGAACCAGGUCCCCGUGGGACAGAUCAUCAUCCGCGCCCUGGACCUGGUCACCGUCAUCGUGCCGCCGGCGCUGCCGGCCGCCAUGACCGUGGGCACCAUCUACGCCCAGAACCGGCUGAAGAAGCAGGGCAUCUUCUGCAUCAGCCCGCCGCGCAUCAACCUGUGCGGGAAGCUGCGCCUGGUGUGCUUCGACAAGACCGGCACGCUGACCCACGAGGGGCUGGACGUGUGGGGCGUGGUGCCCCUGGAGCAGCAGCGCUUCCUGCCCAUCGUGCACGAGCCGCGCUGCCUGCCCGCCGGCGCCCUGCUCUACGCCCUGGCCACGUGCCACGCCGUGUCACCGCUGCGGGGACAGCUGGUCGGGGACCCCGUGGACCUCAAGAUGCUGGAGUCCACCGGCUGGCGCCUGGAGAUGAUGGAGGAGGAGGAGGAAGGGGAGCCCCCAGCGUUCCAGCAGCUCGAGAUGAAGGUCUUGGCCGUGGUGAAGCCUCCACCAGAGGAGGAGCAGCCUCUUGACAGGAGGCACCAGGCCCCCGUGGGGAUCCUGCGGCGGUUCCCGUUCUCCUCCUCCCUGCAGAGGAUGAGCGUCCUGGUCAAGCUGCCCGGGGAGGCCUCGGCCCACGCCUUCGUCAAGGGCGCCCCGGAGAUGGUGGCCAGUCUGUGCAGGAAGGAAACUGUGCCCCCGGAUUUCUCCCAGAUGCUCCGGCACUACACCACCGACGGCUUCCGCGUCCUGGCUCUGGCCUGCAAGGCCCUGGGCACGGUGGCCACCUUCGAGGAGGCCCUGCAGCUCCCCAGGGACUCCGUGGAGAGCGGCCUGAGCUUCCUGGGGCUGCUGGUGAUGAAGAACGUGCUGAAGCCGGAGUCUGCCCCGGUGAUCCAGCUGCUGCGGAGCGCCAACAUCCGCCCGGUCAUGGUGACAGGGGACAACAUGCUGACAGCCAUGAACGUGGCGCGGGGGUGCCGCAUGGUGGAGCCCCGGGAGGGCGUCAUCUUCGUCACGGCCUCGCCGCCCGGCCGCGACAAACCCGCCACCCUCAAGUUCGUCCUGGCCGAGCAUUCCCAGGGCGAGGAGCAGCCCGAGGGCCUGCAGCAGCAGGGCAGCUCCUCCCUCCCAGCCCGGCACUGCCACCUGGCCCUCAACGGGAAAUCCUUCCAGGUGGUCUGCGAGCACUUCUCCGACCUCCUGCCCCGGUCCCUCUGGACAUCCCCUGCCCAUCCGGGAAUGCCGCUGGCGCUGACGGCUCCUCCCCUGCAGAUCCUGCUCCGCGCCACCGUGUUCGCCCGCAUGCUGCCCGAGCAGAAGACACAGCUGGUGUGCAGCCUGCAGGAGCUCGAGAGCGGCUCCCUGUCCCGCAGUUACUGCGUGGGGAUGUGCGGGGACGGCGCCAACGACUGCGGGGCGCUGCGGGCGGCCGACGUGGGCAUCUCCCUGUCCGAGGCCGAGGCGUCGGUGGCCUCGCCCUUCACCUCCCGCGUGGCCACCAUCGAGUGCGUGCCCAGGGUCAUCCGGGAGGGCCGCUGCUCCUUGGUCACCUCCUUCGGGGUCUUCAAGUACAUGGCCCUGUACAGCCUGGUGCAGUUCGUGUCCGUGCUCCUGCUCUACACCAUCAACACCAACCUGAGCGAUUUCCAGUUCCUGUUCUUCGACCUGGCCAUCACCACCACGGUGGCCGUGCUGAUGGGGCGCGCGGGGCCGGCGCCGGCGCUGGGCGUGCGGCGCCCGCAGGGAGCCCUGAUCAGUGCGCUGGUGCUGGGCAGCCUCCUGCUGCAGACUGCCCUGCUCAUCACCGUGCAGGUCCUCAGCUACUUCAUCACCGUCUCACAGAGCUGGUACGUGCCCCUGAACAGCACGGUGACAGCGCCCCAGAACCUGCCCAACUACGAGAACACCGUCCUGUUCUGCGUCAGCGGCUUCCAGUACCUCAUCCUGGCCGUGGCCAUGUCCAAGGGCCACCCCUUCCGGGAGCCGCUCUACACCAACGUGCUCUUCCUGCUGGUUCUCAUCCUGCUCUUCGGCCUGAUGAUCUGGCUGACCCUCUACCCUCUGGGCUUUCCCAAAUCCCUGCUGAAGCUCCGGACCAUCGAGGAUUUCCACUUCAAGCUGCUCCUCCUGGGCAUCGCCGCCCUCAACUUCUUCGCCGCCUUUGUGCUGGAGACCGCCCUGGAUCACGGCUUGCUCAGCUGCUUCCGAAGGCUGCGCCGGAAAAAAGCCUCCAAGAAGCUUUUCAAGAGGCUGGAGAAGGAGCUGAGCCAGCAGCAGCCGGCCUGGCCGCCCCUGGACCAGCCCCUGUUCGCCACGCCCAGCAUGUCCCUGGCCGUGAGAUAGCAGUGCCAGCCGUGCCCGCUGCCCUGCACCCGGACACUUCCUUAAUUUAUUUAUCCCGGAAAAAGCCGGGAUGGGGUGGGGGAUCCCUCGGCAUCAAAGAUGUGAAUCCCAUGGCCGUGGUGAUCCCAUGGC